AUGACCAGGGAGUAUGUACUUGGCCAAAGGCUACGGAUUGUAAAUGUCUCAGAACUUCCAAGCUAUUUUGGUAACCUGUUUCUAAGGCUCUUAGUAUAUAGAGAGGUAUUCAAGGGCAAGUAUCCACAGGGAUUCAGAUUGCUGGAGCUCUUUGUACUAGAUCCUAUUACUUUUACUACUACCGCUUUUGGGUAUCCUGGCCAGUACACAAGCACAGUUUUGUGUAGAAGCCGAUACUACUACCCAGGCAACUCUUUAAGCGAUCGCAGAACAAUAGAGGGCAAAUAUCGGCGAAUGCUACCGUACGCGGCUAUUCGGUGUCUCUCAUACGAAUGCGACCAGACGCCAAAGAAAGCUGCACAUGCUGCUUACUACCCAGAUGUAUGCUCCUUCAGCCGCACUCCGCUAACGCAAGAGCAGCAAGGGCACAAAGGAGAAGAGCCAAAGAGCAGAGAGCUGAUGGGAAGGACGAUCUUGCUGACCGCUCCUAGUUUCUCCAAGUCUGCUCUUAGUAGAAGCAGUAUCACCGACCCGACUUCCAUGGUCACGGGUGUAAGAAGUCAUAGGAUGCACUCCGUGAAGGAGUUGUAUGAGAUACGCGGACACAUGUCCUACGGGUUUGACGAUGGUGGCGCUGCUCAAUUGCCCCCUCGGGUACAAGCAUAUGUGGUCAAUUGGGGGCUAGAUGAUUUGGGUAAAUACAUGGGUAAUCGCAAAGAGAUUCCCCCUAUAUUGAACUUUGUCAAAUCAGGAUGUUUGACGAUUGUAUCUUAA